GUAGCCGUUUGUCUGUGGAAAAAAAGGAAGGUUGCUCAGCGAAUAAUUGGCACUACAGGCGCGGAUCGAGGGCAUUAAACUGUUCCUCGCUAGCUAGCUGUUGGAUUAACCGGGAUCCAAGAAGAAAAGAAAAUCCUAUUCAAAAUCCAAUGGCCGGGCGGAUAGCUUCUCAGCAAAACUUCCCACCGGCGACAGCAGGUGAAGGUUUUGGUGAAGAUGAUGUACUUGGAUUUUCUCCAUCAUUUCGUGAUCCGGAGAACCAGGUAUUUGGGUGUGAGCAUUACAAAAGAAACUGCAAGAUCCGUGCUGCUUGCUGCGGCAAGUUGUAUACAUGCAGGUUUUGCCAUGACAAAAGCAGUGACCAUUCGAUGGAUAGGAAAGCUACUGCUGAAAUGAUGUGUAUGCGCUGCCUGAAAAUCCAGCCUCUAGGACCGGUUUGCUCGACUCCCUCCUGUGGUGAACUCUCAAUGGCAAAGUACUAUUGCAGUACUUGCAAGUUUUUUGAUGAUGAAAGGGCAGUUUAUCAUUGCCCUUUCUGCAAUAUAUGCCGUGUAGGGAAGGGUCUUGGAACAGACUAUUUCCAUUGCAUGACAUGCAAUUGUUGCCUCUCGACGAAGGUGGUGGAUCAUGACUGCGUGGAGAAUUGUUUGAAAACGACAUGUCCUGUCUGUUCUGAAUUCAUGUUCACAUCCUCGACAAGUGUCAGAAUUCUUCCUUGUGGCCAUUGUAUACAUGCAGCUUGCUUCAAGGAUUACAAGACUCGCAGCCACAUGAACACCUGCCCAAACUGUAUCGAACCUUCUGGAGAUGAGGGGACCAAGCCAAAACCUCCAAAAAACAGAAAAGGAAACAAACCCAAUAUCGGUGAUUCCCGAUUAUGAAUUAUGAUGCGAUGCUGUCAGCACUCGUGAGAUCUCAAGCGUCGAUUAAUAAGAAAGUACGUAGCGAUGCAGACGCAGCAGCUUAUACGACGGAGACAGAAGAACACACAGAAAUAGAGUCGUCAAGAGUACUGUUUUUAUUUUCAGAACAUGCAAUACUGCUUUUACGCAUAUUAUAUAUAAGGAUUCGGAUUCCGGGAAAAUCUUCUUAUAAGUAGAAUUUGUGCACUAAUUCCUGCAUCGAUAUUAAUAUAUAAAGUAUAUGUUUAAACACACGAUGUGAAUUGAAGAUAAAAAUAAUUUUUAUGAGA